AUGCCUCGCAAAGGACGCAAAGCUGCGAAAUUGUGGUCGCUCCAUCCAAAGCUUCAUGACGACGUAGCCCGCCUAUUAGACGAGGAAGGGCUUCUGAUAGACUUCUUUGACACCGACGAUGAGGAAACCAACAUCGAGGAACGAGACACAAACGUAAUGGGUCGAUUUAUGUGCGAAAACAAGGGAUGUUACUCCAGCGGUUGGUCGAGCAAGAAAGUCGCGAUUACAAUUUGCAUGUACUCCCGACAGCGAUAUAAUGCACGAGUGUAUCACCAGCGGUGCAAAAAUUGCGGAGCAGUUGGUCGGCUAGUCCUAGAUACUGAGUGCUAUGCGGCAAGAGUGGCAUACUGGCUCAAAAAAUGGAAUGGCAUCGAGGUACAGCGGCCCAGUUUUUCUGGCCUGAGCAGAGGACCGCACGACAGUGAACUGUGUGAAGGGUGUAAAGUUGGUCAUUGUCCCAACUCGAAUGAGGAUUUAGCAUCGGUGCUAGCGAGGCUGUCCUCGAUCUGGGAAUCCGUGCGCCAACUAUCCAGUGCGAGUGUGCACGGCUUCGUGAUGGAAACACCAGGGUGGAAACUGCAACAUGAUUGA